CGUUUUCUUCUUAAGUAGCCUUUGCUAUUCUCAUUUCUCAUUCAGCUGGAGAGUGCAGAGUCCUCAAAGCUUCGAAGUAUCUGUAUUAUGUUUGUACGAAUCAAAACCCAAAACAAGAGUGAAAGAGAGUAAAAGAAAGAAAGCCAUGUUUCUUUCAAAGUGCCUUGUUUACAAGAAAGGGCCUUUAGGCGCCAUAUGGGUAGCUGCUUAUUUGUUCAAAAAGCUCAAGACAGAGCAAAUCUAUGAGACUAAUAUCUCCUCUUCUGUUGAUAAUAUUUUGCAAGACCAGCUCGAGAUUCUCGCUUAUAGAGUAUUAGCCUACCUUCUUCUUGGUAUUGUCAGAAUAUACUCCAAAAAGGUUGAAUAUCUUUUUGAUGACUGUGAAGAGGUGUUGAUUAAGAUAAAUGAAUUUGUGGUUAGAGAAAAAAAUAGAGCAAAGAAGAAGGCCCUCCGUUCAACUUGUUUCCCUAUUAUUCGACCCGUGAGCUUUGACUUAGAUGCUUUUGAUUUGGAGAUUCUUGAAGGUACUAGUGGAGACAAUGUGAUGCCUCGUGAAGAGAUAACCCUUAAAGAUGUAGCUUGGAAAAAUUGUGAAAUAAGGCAGUCUUCUCUGGACAGGGUAUGUUAGUUUGCAGCCUUGGAUGAUGAUUUCUUGAUGGAUUAUUCUCCAACUGAAGACUGUCUUUCAUGCCAUCUGAUCGACUUUGAGACAGAAGCAAGCGUUUUGCAUGAUGUAUGCAACUUGGAAGCAAGUAUUGAAAAGCUUCGAUGUGAUAAAUCCUUUUAUGAAGAGGUCUUGCACCUCAAAACAAUUAGUGGCUUUGAGGAGGAACCUGCAAACCUUGUUAAAGUUUUUGAUAAAAAUGGCAGAGAGCAUGUAGAGCUUCCGGACAUGGCAAGUUUGGAGAACUGUAUGGACCGACAAGUGGACAGGGAGAAAUACAAUGACACAUUCUCAUCAGCAGAAUGUCUAAACCUUUGUAGUGAGGCUGAGGAGGAUCCUCUAGGUCUUCUCAAGCCUCUUGCUGAAGAUCAAACUAAUAGGAAAAUGAUGAGUGGUCCUGAUCUAUGCACCAGAAAUGAAAUGCACCAGGCUAUGGAGGAAGAUCAUGUAAGCAUUGUGGAAACUAGUGCAGAGGUUCCAGAUAUUGCAGGCUCAGAAAACCAUAUAGAAAGAGAAGCAAGCAGGGAGAAAUGCAAUGAUAGGUUCCCUUCAGAAGAAGGGGUGAACCGUCCUAGUGAGGCUGAGGAGGGACCUCUAAGUCCUGUUGAAUCACUUGGUGAAGAUCAAGCUAGUAGAGCAAAGAUGAAGGGUCCAGAUCUGCCGCAAUCAGAAAAUGAACUGCACCAGGUUAUGGAGGAAGAUCAUGUAAACAUCCUGGAAGCAAGUGCAGAGGUUCCGGAUAUUGCAGGCUCAGAUGUAGGAAGAGAAGCGAGCAGGGAGAAUUAUAAUGAUAAAUUCUAUCAAGAAGAAUAUUGGAAUCUUAUUGCUGAGGUUGAGGAGAAAUCUCCAGGUCUGAUCAAACCUUUUGGUGAUGAACAAACUAACAAAGAGAAGAUGAAGGGUCUGGAUAGGGUGCAUUUAGAAAAUGAAGUGCACCAUGUUAUGGAGGAGGAUUGCAACUUGGAAGCAAGAUUAGAGAAGCUUGAAGCUGAAGGAUUCUCUUACAUGGACUUUGUGGAACCUUCCCCACUUGUUAGACCACUUGUUGAAGAGAUUCAAAGUGGUGCAGAGCUGGUGAAUUUUCCAGCUCUUACAAUUUCAAAUGGUGGAAAGUGUCAGGUUGCUGCAAAAGACCAUCAAUUGUCAGUUACAUUGGAUGCAACUCCACAGCCCAUGUUGCAAGAUGCAUCAGGAGCUACUACUCCACAUUUUAUGCUUAUCCCAACGCCUGCUGCUAAGGAGUGUGUUCGGUUUUCUAGGAAAAGAAAAUGUUUCUUUGAUUACAUGAUAGUUUUCCCUAAUGGCAUAAUGAGGCAAUGGAUAAAAGAUGCAAGUGAUUUGGUGUCUAAGCGGGGAAAAGGUGGUUGUAUUGCACUGGCUGCAAGGAAGGCUCCUUGGAUUUCCAGCCUUCCCCAGAGUUUCUUAGAGCCUUCAGUUCCAUGCACUUGGGAGCUUAAAUCUCUCUACUGUGGAAAGAGAUUGAGACUUCUGGAAUCUGUUAAAAUCAUGAAACCUCCAGAAAAGAUAGACAAUUCAGAAUCUCCUGCUGUUGGUGGAUCCUUUGAGCAAGCUGAAAUUGCUCCAGACACUAUUGAAAUCAUGGAUCCUCCAGAUAAGUUAAACCUCUCAGAAUGUCCUCUGUUUGAUGGAUCCUCGGAACAGGCAGGAAUUGCUCCACAAACACCUGUUUGGUUGUCACCUUCUCUUGUUGUGGGAGAACAAACAGAAAUUGCUCCACAAACACCUGUUCUGCACUCAAAAACAGUGAGACCAUUUGAAAGCCCUGAGAACCACAAAUUUGAUAACUUAGAUGAAAUAGGACCAGCGAAUGUAGAUCGUAGUCAACGUAAAGAGAAAGAGCCUUCCCCGAGCAAAGAUGAAGACCUUGAUCUCAAUCUGGGGAGUGAGGAGAUACAAUCAAAUGAAGAUGAUAACCAGGGACAGGAUGGAUGGUCAACAAGAACCAGAGUGGUGGCAAAGAAAUUGCAGAGAAGUUUUCUAGAUCAAAGGAAAAGAGGGGAGGAGGAAAAGGUGAAGUUAUCACAGCUUUUGAAAGGAAGAACGAAGAAAACAAUUGCGAGGCUCUUUUAUGAGAUCUGGUAUGCUGCAGUGUUGAAAACUGAAGGACUUGUGGAUGUGAAGCAAGAAACUGCUUUUGGCGACAUUCUUGUCCUGAAAGCUCCUCAGUGGGACCACACUUACAGAACUGAUGGAAAGUAAAACCGCUGGAGGAUCUCUUUGCUAAUGCAAGGAAUAGAGUUAGUCUUUUGAUCCAAACCCAUGUGAAAUGAGUUAUAUAGGAGGUAGUCCCUCUGUAAAUUUAAGCGAUUUUAGCUGAUUUAGGAAUUAAGUUGUUCUUAUUAGAAGAAUGCAAGGAAAAUAGGAUGUAAAUACUUUUCUUAUUCAGAUAGGAUCUUACAUUGAGAGCAUAUCUGUAGUGAUUUGAAAAACUUAACCCGAAAUUUCUGCGCACGCCAACGUUUUCUAGUCUGAUGAUUCAAUGGCGUGUUGUUCAACAAUAUGACUUGACUAUCCUGGAACGCGUGAGAUGGUGAGGAAAUUAUUGGUUACAUUGAAAAAAAAAGAAAUGAGCGAACUGUAUACUCAUAAAAUAAAAUGACAUUAUAAAAAUAAAAAAUAAAAUGAAAUGUUUAUGUCAUGCAUGAUGCAUGCAGGCAGCAUGCUUCUUAGAGAAUUCUUCUUUUCACUUGGGAGGGGUUUGAAGAUGAAGAUGUUUCUUGCUAUGAUUCCUCAUGUCUUCAACUUAAAACCUAAAAGAAGACAUUCAGAUUUUGUUCUAACCAACUUUUUUUUCUCCCUCUACUAUUUAAGCGAAA